GUCCAGAGCCUCGAAAGGCUGCCGGCGGUAAUUUUGUGCCCGCGACAGGGUGGGCUGUGCACGACACAAGCGUUAAGGGUACGCCUUUCGUGAGGUUGUGUGAAAAGCGAGGAUUGCUGAUUGAUGAGCUGACCCAAGAUUUCCAACUUACUGCAGGGGAGGAGCUAAAGAUAACCUUACUUUAUAACCCCACUCUCAUUCUGGUAGAAGUCUUUUUAUUUUUCUGAUGAACUCUCCUUAACUCACAAUGCACCCGCACUUGGCUCCUCAUUUGCACACUGAGGAAUGCAACGUUGUCAUUCGGAUGCUGAGGGAGUGCCACAAAGAGCACUACUUCUUGAAAUUUUUUGGGCACUGCAGUGAUCUUGACAGAGAAAUGAAAAAAUGCUUAAAGAAAGAGUAUGAAGAAAAGAGAGCCAAGAAUUUCCGACAACAUGAGGAAUGGCUAAAGAAAUGGAAGAAUCCUGAACUCUAGCAGCUGGUGUUGUGACUGGUGGCAGAUCAUACAAACAGGAUGGUACAUCGCACUUUAAUGCAGAAAACUAUUUAAUAUGAAUACAUAAUCAUAAUUAGGGAUACUGUAAUACAAAUAAAAAAUAAAAAUUGUAAUAAAAAUGGC